AUGCCUGACUUUCAGCCGUUUCUGCAGCGUUUCCUCAAGCACUCCGUUCAGGAGACCAGUCGACCUCCAAUAACAAACAAUCUGAUAAAUGGUGAUGAAUCCAACCUCCCCAGAAAUGGCUAUGGGUCGAGCAUCGACCCCGGCCGCAAGUUCUCAACAGGAAGCCUCAAUCUCACCAUGAAAGACAUCGCCCAUCAUCCCACUCACCAACACUUCCCGCAGUCCAGACGCGGAAGUUGGGCGUGGGAAAGCUUGAGCGAGUACGUCGGAGGAGGGAAAAGCAGUCGUUCAAGCUCAGCCGCCUCCAUCCCUCCGCGCGAAGACUGGGAACACUGGGCGGAUAAGAACCUGACGAAGCAAGAUCAACCGCUCGACAAAGACAAGAUGACGGCCAUCACCAGGAAGUACGGAGAGAUCCAUCAAAUCACCGGACUGAGCGAUCAUGCCGUGAUUCUGCAGUCACAUAAAGUCCAGUACUGCCCGCCGCUUGAUCGCUACUACGCCCUCAAGGUCUUCCGCUGCAGUCCCGGGCAAAGCAGGGACGACUAUCAAGCCCGAGUGACCGCGGAGUUUGCCAUCGUCUCCGAACUCUCCCACCAAAACAUCGUCACGACUUUCGAACUCCUCCCCAUCGGCGGCGGGAACCUAGCCGCUUGCAUGGAGUACUGCGCCGGCGGCGACCUCCAUUCCCUAAUCACCGCAUCGCAAAGACUACCCAUGGAAGAAGCAGAUUGCCUCUUCAAGCAGCUGAUCCGCGGCGUCACAUAUCUCCACGAAAGCGGCGUUGCCCACCAGGCCCUGAAGCCCGAGAACCUCCUCCUGACACACAGGGGCUGUCUCAAGAUCUCGGACUUCGGCAAUGCGCAACGCUUCCGGCUGGAUGGGGAGGGUGUUCACCACGUUCAGGCCUCGACUGGAACUGGACGACGCGACUCAGAGUCGGCGCCGUAUCUCGCGCCGGAACGGUACCUCGACGGGACAUCUGACUUUGUCCCUGGAGCCCUGGACAUCUGGGCCGCGGCGAUCGUCUACAUCGCAAUGAGGACAGGACGGAAUCCAUGGAGAGAAGCGACGGAGAUGGACAAGACCUAUAGGACUUACGCUGAAGAGCGCGACCUUGGGAAGAAGAGUGUCUUUAUUCAGGAUUUAUCUCACGAACGGAGGCGCGAAGUCAUAUACGCCAUGUUAAGCAUAGACCCCGUGAAGCGUCCUAGCGCGGCUAAGAUCCUUUCCUCCGAGUGGCUCCAUGACGUUCACUGCUGUAUUCCCGACCAUUCCCAGAACGGGUCCAAUGGCUCUACAGCGUAG